UAAUUUUCCGCACCGAAUAAGCUUCUUCAACUCUUGACCUGCUCGAAAAUAGUCCCCAAAACAACUACGCAACUUUUUUGACAUCUCUCUCGUUACCGAUGCUUCCCUUUCUAUUUCUUAUUCCCUUUCUCUCUGUAAAGACCUAGACCUUGUAUGGCGACAACCCAUUUCAACUUACUGCGAACAACACCACCACCCUUACACCAAAACCCUAAUUACUUCUCAAUCUCAAACCCUAAUUUCAACAACUCUCAAUGGCCACCGAUGCCACUCCAAAAUUCCAAAAACCCGAUCUUUUGCCUCCCGAUUUCCACCCGGAGAUCACCGUCUCGCCGGCCCACGACGGUCUCCACUUCUGGCAGUUCAUGAUAGCCGGUUCGAUCGCCGGUUCGGUCGAGCACAUGGCCAUGUUCCCGGUCGACACCGUGAAGACCCGUAUGCAGGUCCUCGGUUCCUGCCCGAUCAAGUCCGUGGGGCUCCGCCAAGCCCUCGGGUCCAUCCUCAAAACCGAAGGCCCUGCCGGGCUCUACCGCGGCAUCGGCGCCAUGGGGCUCGGCGCCGGACCGGCUCACGCCGUUUACUUCUCCGUGUACGAGUUCUGCAAGAAGUCGUUUUCUGGAGGAAACCCUAAUAACCCGGCGGCGCACGCGGCGGCGGGGGUGUUUGCGACGGUGGCGAGCGAUGCGGUGUUGACGCCGAUGGAUAUGGUGAAGCAGAGGCUGCAAUUGAGUAGUAGUCCGUAUAAGGGGGUGAUGGAUUGCGUGAGGAGGGUUGCGAUGGAAGAGGGGAUUGGGGCUUUUUAUGCGUCGUAUAGGACCACUGUGUUGAUGAAUGCGCCGUUUACGGCGGUGCAUUUUGCGACGUAUGAGGCGGUAAAGAGGGGUUUGAUGGAGGUUUCGCCGGAGAGCGUGAAUGAUGAACGGUGGGUGGUUCAUGCUACCGCCGGUGCGGCUGCUGGGGCGUUGGCGGCUGCUGUGACGACGCCGCUUGAUGUGGUGAAGACUCAGCUACAGUGUCAGGGCGUAUGCGGAUGUGACAGAUUUAUAAGUGGUUCAAUUAGGGAUGUUUUUCGAACUAUAAUAAAAAAAGAUGGAUACCGUGGGCUCAUGAGGGGGUGGAUGCCAAGGAUGCUCUUCCACGCACCUGCGGCUGCAAUCUGCUGGUCUACAUAUGAGGCUGCAAAAUCCUUCUUCCAAGAACUAAAUGAGAACAAUAGUAGUGCCACUUGAAUGACCAUGAAGAAUAAGUAUCUUCAUUUUUCUGCUAGUGUAUUAUUGAAUACCUCUAUUACAGACUAGAACGUUUUUUCGGCGAUGAUUUAGCGAGAUGAACGAGCAUCUUUCAGGGAUGAUUUAGCGAGAUGAAUGAGCAUCUUUCAGGAACGACGGCAGUUUGUGCAACUGGUGUUAGCAGAUGAGCUCAUAGGACAGAUUAGAAUUUAUUAUUUAUGUUGUAUAAAUUGUUGUCGUUUUAAGAAUUUAAUUGAUAGAAAGUUUGAGAUGUUUUUGUACUCUUCUUUUUUUCUCUCUAUAUUUUGUUCCACAGAAAUGCCGGAACCCACUUUUCUCUCUGGAUUAUGUUCCAAGAAGUAGUCAAAUUGAUUACAUCAAAAACCAGUUCAUUUAUUUUAUGGA